GGAAGCAGCCCGGCAGGAAGAAGGGUGUCCCGUGCUCAGCCCCUUGAGUUGGCCUCUCUUCCCUGAGGGCUCUUUCAGCUUCUGAUGGAUGCACCGUGUGUUGCUGUUUGCCCUGGGAAGCCCAGCUGCACGCUGGCAGCCGUGGCCUGUGCAUCAGCCUCCCUUUGAGGCCCUUGAAGUGCAAAUGUGGGUAGGAUGAUGUGAAUUGUAGCACUGGGAGUGGGGAGGAGGAGAUGGCAGCAGGAGGGCUGCAGGUGAAGGUGCCUCAGGCCCAGAGCUGAGCCCCAAAGAAGGAGCUGGUUGCAAAGAGGUAAAGUCACUCCCACUGUUUCUAAGCAGGAAUUGCUUCUUAAGUCUUGGUCUGGAUCCAGCAGGGGUUGAGUCCUGUGCUGCAGCACCUGGGGGCUGGGGCUGAGCCCGUUCCCCGGGGCUGUAGCGCAGAGGAUAGCUGCAGGCACUGCCUGCUGGUGUGAGUGCAUCACAUGGGUUUGUGGGCGGGCAUGUGAAUGAAGGAAAAGGAGUCAGAUUAAAAUGGAUGUGCCUUCAUGGCACAGAUCUUCUGCAGAUCUGGCCUUCCUAAGCCAGAUUCUGGCUUCUGACAACAGGUCCUUUUCUCUAGACUCAGACAGCACAGAGUAGGUCUCCUGUUCCUCCAGAGAACAUUCUUGGCUGUCCUAUCACUGAAUCACAAGACAGCAAUCAUUGGAAAGCCCCAAUUGAAGGAAGAAGCAGCAGAUUAGUGGGCAGAGUUGUAGCUAGGAAAACAAGCGGCCAGGGCGAGUCAAAGCAUCCUCCAACUUGAGCCAGUUGGAGGAUGACAGCUGACAGUUCCUGUGUGGGCAAGGAAGACAUGGGCUUCAUCAGGAAAGAGCACUUGUGGGAAUACAAGGACUGUACAGAGCAGCAGCUGUGGAGCAAGAUAAACAGCAUGGGAAGCAUGGACACCUCUAGAAGAAGAAAGAAUGGCUCGUGGCUCUGCUCAGAUAAGUGCCCACAUGAAUGGCUGAAGAGUGUUUGUGGAAUGUUCUGUUGACACGUAGGGCUGAGUGGGAAAGCUAGAAAGAGCAAACCUGUGAAGGUAUAUAAGUGAUGUGAGGACUUAUAAUGAACGAUUUGGAUGGUUCAUGUCUGAGACCAUGCAUCAGAUGCUGCAGCUCUCUCAGAUUCUCCCUCGUUCACCUCUGGGAUCUCUAAAACACUGGGGUACAUUUGGUGGGGAACCUCUGACUAUUAAGAAACUGAAACGUUACUGUGGGUAUAAAUCAGAUGAUGGGAGAAGAGUGGCCAGAAAUGGGAACUUUGAAUUCUAAGAAGACAAUGGCUCUAUUAAUUUUAUUUUGCUGUGUAGAUAAGUGGGAUGGAAUUGCAUGUGUUAACUUGUUCUUUAUGUUGUGAAAUGAUGCUGCAGGGCUCUGCUCUCUUCCCCGACUUCCCCUUCCUGCAGCAGCCAUUGCAGCUGACUUUGAGUUCUGCAGAGUGUGGGAGUGUCAUCUCAGUGUGGGACUGUCACCUCCACCCCGCGCUGCUUAGAGGCACUUCCUCCAAAGCAAGUGGCCCUGCGCACAGUUGGGUGUCUCAGCAUCCUUCCAUCCCCUUUCCCGUCUGUGGGGAUGGGGAGCACAUGGAGGUACCACUUAGGGCUGAGUGAGGACAGGGUCAGAUCUGCAGCUAUUGCUGCACCUGGUGCUGUGUCUGCAGUGCAACCCUGGGCCUGAGCAAGCCCCAGAGGUGCACUGGGGUGCUCUGCGCCUCCACCUCGGCUGCUGGGAGGGGCACAACCCACGUCGGUGGGCUCAGUGCUGGAGGCCUUGGGGGUGCAGAGCCAGUGUUGGGCAGCCAGCCCAAAGGAAAGAAGCCUUGGGGCUGUUUUUGUAUUGCAGUGACUUUGCUUCCGCCACGCUGGCAGCGUUUCGCUCGCACUUCCUUCCCCCCCAGCUCACACUGGUGACAUUUUGGUUGUUCCCAGAAGAGACAACAGGCUGCAGCUCCUGUGGCCGCCCAGCACCGGCCCAACCUCUUUCACCUCUCGCAGGUCCCACACCUCACACCUCUGCACCGAGCUGACAUCUGGAGCACUGGUUGUGCUGGGCACGCUGACACUGCAGCACGGUGAGCAGGUGCUAUGAGGGAUGCGCUGCCAGAAGCGCGCUGUGCUGGCGCUGUUGCUGUGCGUGCCGCUCGGCCUGUGGCUGCUGUUCCGGGCCUCCAUGUCCGGCCUAGCCCUCCCGCCGUCCCUCCCCACCGUCCGCUGCUCCGCCGGCGCCAACGCGUCCGCCUGGUUCAGCGCCCGCUACGACGCGGCCGUGCGGCCUCUACUGACGGGCCCGGCCCACGAGCUGCCCCCGGACGUGGUUCAGUGGUGGCUGACCCUGCAGGGCCCCCCCAGCACCGCCCCGCUCCAGAACAUCAUCCAGAAUCUCUUUGCCGUCCUGCCGGCCCCGAAUGGGAGCGUGUGGGAUCCGUCCGGCUGCAGGACGUGUGCCGUGGUGGGCAACUCGGGGCGGCUGAAGGGGUCCCGCCAUGGCCCGCAGAUCGAUGCCCAUCACUGGGUGCUGAGGAUGAACAGAGCUAAGACGGCAGGUUUUGAGGUGGAUGUCGGUGCGAGGACGACACAUCACUUCAUGUACCCAGAGAGUGCGAUGAACCUCUGGCCUGGCGUCCACCUUGUCCUCGUCCCCUUCAAGCCACUGGACCUGAAGUGGGUGACCAGCGCCUUUUCCACAGGAGAGCUCACACACACCUACACAAGAGUGAAGCAGUUCAUCAAAGCUGACAGAAACAAGGUGCUGAUCUUGAGCCCAGCCUUCCUCAAGUACAUCCACGACCGCUGGACGGAGCACCACGGGCGCUACCCCUCCACCGGCUUCACAGCGCUGCUCUUCGCCUUGCACGCCUGCCAGCAGAUACAGGACUGCACACGGCAGGUACUCACCUUGGGUUGGCUAACUGCUUGUGCAGUGAUGGCUCUGCUGGCAUGCCACAGGUCUCUGUGUUUGGCUUCGGAGCUGACAGCAAAGGGAACUGGCAUCACUACUGGGAAGAAAACCGCUGGUCUGGAGCCUUUCGCAGGACAAGGGUCCACGAUGCUGAUGUUGAAUUCAGCCUCAUCCGGAGACUGGCAGAUGAAGGCAGAAUAUUAUUCUAUCAAUGACACACACUCAAGAAACGAGGCCAAGCUGUUCGCACAAGAACUGGCAGCUGCAGCGGCUCUUUAGCUUGCUUCUGCCCCUCGCUGGCCGGGGCAGCCUACGCUUGGUGUGUGUUGCGCUGGUCCCACUAGCUCAGCGCUGCGGAUAGCAGUGAGCAUGAAUGGCAGUGGAGCUCUGCUGAGCCUGGGAGAUGCCUGUUGCAGGUCCUGGGCUUCUCCAAAGAGGACAUGGAAGGGCAGGAGUGGGGCUAACUCUGUGCUUUCAGAGCCCACAGUUCAGGUGUUACACAGCAGAGCUGCUGUAACCGGACAGUGUGCACACAGCCAGCUGCCAGUGCAGCUCUCAGGGCAUGGAGCUGAGAUUUCCACCCUCUGAAGGCACGUGGGAAGGUUCGCUGCUGUUCUUUGGGCAGGUGGGGAGUCUUUACAGAACUAAGGAAUAUAUUUUUAUAUUGUACCAAAGGAGAGUAAGAAACAAAAAACUGAAGCACGCUACGUCAGAACACAGCAGAGAUGAGUUAAGCUGAAAUGAAGCGUUGAAUAAACUUUGACAGCACACGCAGA